AAGGAAGUGGACCUGGGUCAGGCCGAGGAGACGGAAAGGGCAAAACUCUCACGCAGGGCAACUGACCCUCGCACACCAUUCCUUGGCGAAGGCUCUUCAGCGGUGGUGACCUCCUCCGGCCGAACCCCCUACAAAUUCUCGUCUCUGGACUCCCAGCUGACACCCUGCCGGGGGCCAGAGCUGCCAGGCCCCCUGGAACUGUGCCUUCUCUGCAGUCAAGGCUCUUUUCUCACCCAGGGAAAGGAAGGAAAGAAAGAAAGAAGAUGCGGCUGGGCCGAGUGGAGCUUUGCCACCUCCUGCAGCUGGUGGGCCUCCUCCUGUGCUUUUCGGGGCUGAGUCAGGCGGAGCUCUCGCGGUCCAGCUCCAAGCCCUACUUCCAGGCCGGGAGGUCCCGGACCAAGCGCAGCUGGGUGUGGAACCAGUUCUUCGUGCUGGAGGAGUACAUGGGCUCAGACCCCCUCUACGUCGGAAAGCUUCACUCUGAUGUUGAUAAAGGAGAUGGUUCCAUCAAAUACAUCUUGUCAGGCGAAGGGGCCAGUUCCAUUUUCAUUAUCGAUGAGAACACGGGGGAUAUUCAUGCCACCAAGAGGCUGGAUCGCGAGGAGCAGGCCUACUACACGCUCCGGGCCCAGGCGCUGGACCGGCUCACCAAUAAGCCCGUGGAGCCCGAGUCGGAGUUCGUCAUCAAGAUCCAGGACAUCAACGACAAUGAGCCCAAGUUCUUGGACGGCCCGUACACCGCCGGGAUUCCCGAAAUGUCUCCUGUGGGGACCUCAGUGGUGCAAGUGACGGCAACAGAUGCUGACGAUCCUACCUAUGGCAACAGCGCCCGCGUGGUCUACAGUAUUCUGCAGGGCCAGCCGUACUUCUCGGUGGAACCCAGGACAGGAGUCAUCAAGACCGCCCUUCCAAACAUGGAUAGAGAGGUUAAAGACCAGUAUUUGCUUGUUGUUCAGGCAAAGGAUAUGGUUGGUCAAAACGGAGGACUCUCGGGGACCACGUCCGUCACCGUGACCCUCACCGACGUCAACGACAACCCGCCUCGCUUUCCUCGAAGAUCUUACCAAUAUAAUGUCCCUGAGUCAUUGCCAGUUGCCUCUGUCGUGGCCAGAAUUAAAGCCGCCGACGCAGAUAUAGGCGCUAAUGCAGAAAUGGAAUACAGGAUUGUGGAUGGUGAUGGACUGGGGGUUUUCAAGAUUUCUGUUGACAAAGACACACAGGAAGGAAUCAUUACUAUACAGAAGGACCUGGAUUUCGAAGCCAAAACAAGUUACACGCUCCGGAUAGAAGCCGCCAACCGGGACGCCGACCCUCGCUUCCUGAGCCUGGGGCCCUUCAGCGACACGACGACCGUGAAGAUCAUCGUGGAGGACGUGGACGAGCCCCCCGUGUUCUCCUCCCCGCUGUACCCCAUGGAGGUGUCGGAGGCCACCCAAGUUGGGAACAUCAUUGGCACGGUCUCAGCGCAUGACCCAGACGCGUCCAGCAGCCCCGUGAGGUAUUCGAUUGACAGAAACACAGACUUGGAGAGAUACUUCAACAUCGAUGCCAACAGUGGAGUGAUUACAACAGCCAAGUCUCUGGAUCGGGAGACGAAUGCUGUCCAUAAUAUCACAGUGCUUGCGAUGGAGAGCCAGAACCCAUCUCAAGUAGGAAGAGGCUACGUGAGCAUCAGGAUCCUGGACAUCAAUGACAACGCCCCCGAGUUCGCCGUGGACUAUGAGACCACUGUGUGCGAGAAUGCCCAGCCGGGGCAGGUCAUCCAGAAGAUCAGCGCUGUGGACAGAGACGAGCCGUCCAGCGGCCACCAGUUUUACUUCAGCCUGACCCCCGACGCGGCCAACAACCACAACUUCUCGCUGAAGGAUAACCGAGACAACACGGCCUCGGUCCUCACGAGGCGCGGCGGCUUCCGGAGGCAGGAGCAGGCGGUGUACUACCUGCCCGUGUUCAUCGCGGACAGCGGCUCACCCGCGCUCAGCAGCACCAACACCCUCACCAUCCGCGUCUGCGACUGCGACGCCGACGGGGUGGCCCAGACCUGCAACGCCGAGGCCUACGUCCUGCCCGCGGGGCUCAGCACCGGCGCCCUCAUCGCCAUCCUCGCCUGCGUCCUCACACUGCUGGUGCUCAUCCUCCUGAUCGUCACCAUGAGAAGGCGGAAAAAGGAGCCCCUCAUUUUCGACGAAGAGCGAGACAUCCGGGAGAACAUCGUCCGCUACGACGACGAGGGUGGCGGCGAGGAGGACACGGAGGCCUUUGACAUGGCCGCCCUGAGGAACCUCAACGUCAUCAGGGACACCAAGACCCGCAGGGACGUGACCCCCGAAAUUCAGUUCCUGAGCCGCCCGGCCUUUAAGAGCGUCCCGGACAAUGUCAUCUUCCGGGAGUUUAUCUGGGAGCGGCUGAAGGAGGCCGAUGCGGACCCCUGCGCGCCCCCCUAUGACUCCCUGCAGACCUACGCCUUUGAGGGCAGCGGCUCGGUGGCCGAGUCCCUCAGCUCCCUGGAGUCCAUCAGCUCCAGCUCGGAGCAGAACUACGACUACCUGAGUGACUGGGGGCCCCGCUUCAAACGCCUGGCCGACAUGUACGGCACGGGCCAGGAGGGCCUGUACUCCUAGCCCCAGCCCCGGAGGCCGCCGGAAGGGUGCCGAGGACUGAAGAGGAGCCGGGGCCGAGCGGCCAGCGGCCAGCGGCCAGCACGAGCCCCGCCCGCCGGAGCAAGCGGCUGUAAAUACGUCUCCGUUUCCGACCGACGGGUUCCUGCCUCGGGGAGUGGACGCUCAGGAGAUGGCUCCAAGGACCGCACUGACCACAGGCGCUGAGCAUUUGAAAGCUUUUGAUAAAAAGAAAUGCUCGGCGGCUUGUGAAUAGAUAGCAACUCUCAGAUACCUGCAAAGGCACCUACCCUCUGUGAGUGAGCAGGGCCCUGCGUCGCGGGGGAGCCCCGGAGCCCCGGACGCGCCUUCAGGGCCCUGCCGGUAUCCAGACGUGGGACGGAGUUCAUUCACAGUGACGCUUGAAGCUUGCUAGAUUAGAGAACCCGGCAGAAUUUUAUUGCUCUGGGUUAGCAAAUAUAUUUUAUUUAGCAAAAUACAAAUUCUUAGAAAAAUCCUCCCCAAUCCUCCAGUACAAGCCAAUGAAAUUGGGUUUCAGGCAACAUACACCAUUGUUUAGCAAAUAAAUAUGAAGUGUUCCAAAUAAGAUAAAGCUAAAUCAUUCUUAAAGUGUGCAGUCGUUUCGAGAUGCUUGUGUAGGUAUAAAGAAAAAGUUGCUGUCUAUUUGUCGAUUUUUUUAUUACCUCUUCUGAUUUGUACAGGAGACUAUCUCUUCUUUCUUAUUUGACACAUGGUCUUAUAUUUAUUUUGGACUCCUAUCUCCACUCAGUUCAGGUCCAUUUUACUGCCUCAUAGUAUUGAGCUCGUCAGAACACGGUGACUUUUCUCCAGUCUUAGCUCCACGAAGGGAAUGAAGCAUGGAAAUGGAGAAAACAUAGAGCAAUGAAGCUUCUCAGAGAGGAGCACAGCUAUGAGGACAUGAGUCGUUGGUCUGAACCACUGGAGUGUACAAAACAGUGGAAUAAAAUAUUUGUAUUUUAGAAAGAUUUCAGAGAGAAUUAAGAGUUCCUUUGAUGCAAGAUUUAUUUUUCGAGGUCAUGAGUUCUAUAUGCUCCAAAGACUUGAGAAUUUGUUUUAUCCCACCUCUUUUGCUGAAAACAUACGGAGCAAAUGGCUGUUUUUUUAAAAUAUGUCUUAAUGUCAUGUUAUAAAUUUCAAAACCCACCUUUAAAUUCCAAUGCAAAUACAUCCCACAAGAAUAGACCUUGCGUUGUGUGAUCUCUGUCCUGGUUUUAGAUGUGCCAAAGUGAGAGUUUUUUCAAGGGAUCACGUGUGUUUAAGUUUGUGAUGGGCUUCUGAAAAAAGAAUUUUAUGACGAAAAUAAUAUGUCUACCUUUUUUUCCCCUAGAACAGUACUAGUUUAAUGUGCAUAUAAUUCAAGUAAGAAUGGAUUUUUUUUAAAUUUUCUUGUUUUAGACAGUAUUGUUGGGUUCCUGAUAAAUCUAUAGAGAGUGAAGUGGACACUGUAUAAGGAAUUAUGUUCUAAACAUGUUUCUUUCUGAAGGACAAACACUGGAAGUAGAAUCUCUGCAGUUUGAUGACAGGAGGAGAUACUGUAGGAUUGUGUCAACUUGCAGCCCCACUGUUAGAAAUGAUGUGAAAGUGGCCUUCAGCUUCAUCAAAAUAAACAAUUCAAUGAGUUGGAUUAUCCACAAACAGUCCUUUCCUCUUGAAUAAUGUUUUGUAGACACUGUCUCAUGACUAGAUAGAUAUGCUUCUUGCUGUAUUAAUAUACAUACAUAUGCAAAACCAGUUUUAUAACAGAAUAAAAGAUCCUGUUCAUUA